CUAUGAGAAGGCUUCAUAUGGCACUGAACAUGAAGAUGAUACUACCAUUUACCAACCUACGCCAAUAUCGAGUUAUAUGCCUGCAGGGAGGCAAAAUUUCUAUUUGAAUGAAUAUCAAGCCCCUCUUGGAAAAAAGACCUUCCAAGCUAGGGUCUUUAAAAGCUUUCCUGAUGGAUAUACAAUUGAAACUAUUAUCGAUGGGAAGCCUCUACGUGGAGUACUAUUUUCCAACAAACCUAGCUCCACUAGCAUGGCAGUUGAUAAUUUCAAUGGUAAGAUGGAAGCUAUGAAGAUUAAUGAUCCAAAUGUGCACGGUGGUCACAAUUCUGGGAUGGAGAGUGAGAAGCCACUGCAGCAUGAUGCAACUGUGGUCAAGCAAGCAGAUGAUUCUGGGAAUGAUGAGGAAGGAUUGAAAGCCCCGAUGGAAAUCGCCACAUCAGAAACUAAAAAUCCUGAUGCUGAAUCAUUGAUAUCUCAAGAGGUUGUGGAAGCCUCAGAAAGACGUCUGGCACCUGCUGGUAAUGCGGGAGCCUCAGAAACACAUCUGGCAUCUGCUGUUAAUGUGGGAGCCUCAGACACACAUCUGGCACCUGAUGGUAAUGCAGGAGCCUCAGAAAUACAUUUGUCACCUGCUGGUAAUGCGGGAGCCUCGGAAACACAUCUGUCACCUGCUGGUACUGCAGGAAGUGACACCCCUAAUAAUCAAUCGUUAAUAGAUGCUGAAAUGCAUGAAGAGGAUGCCUCUGUGGUUGUUAAGGAUCAAACACUCGCAUAAUGUUGAGGCUGAGAUGUCGCAGGACUGAUUUUUCCAGAUGAAAGUUCUUCUGGGCCAAACUCUGUAUAGCUUCUGACUACUGAAAUAGGCAAGAACGCGUCGACUAACUUUUUCCAGUCUCUGCUCGGAUUCUACGCCUCUUGUUCUCUUGAAAAAUUACUCUUUUAACAAUAUGCAAGUCACAAUUAGCUAGCCACUACCCAAAUGUUGAGUCCUUUUAACAAUAUUGCUAGUUAGUAAAGCUACAGACUCAGAAUUGACCUCUCUUCCAUCUUUGCAGUAAUAUCAUCACACUCUCUCUCUCU